UAAUAAAUAAAAAUUAAAAGGGUUAAAGAAUAAUCAAUAAAUUCAUUCCGUUCGUUAUUCAUAUUUUGUAUCAAAGAUAUUUAAAAUAAAAUGAAUCAUAAUUUGGAAUUUGAAGGACAAACUGCUCCUGAAUCUACGCGUGGACUGUUUGAGUCAGAGAAAAGAGACAUUGAAUGGUUAGAUAAACGAAAAACUAUUGAGUUAAAUCCGCGUGGUAAUAAAUGGCUUAAUAAAACAGUAAUACAACAACAAGGUCGUAAUAGUGGGCUACAGAUAGUAAAUGAAGGAAAUAAGAAUAAUCAGAAAAAGAGUAAUCUAGAAGACGAUUAUUCACAAAUAAAACAACAACGAGGUUCAUCUUCCUCUUUAUCGUUCUCAAGAAGACAAACUACUUCAGUAGCACAUUUCAAUAAUUUUCCUUUUUUAUCAAAACCAUGUGAGGAUAUAGAAGAAGAGGAUUCAAAUCAUUUGUCUCGGGCUGAUGUACUGGCAGAGACAGAAGCAAAAUUAAAUGGACAAAGUAAUCAUACUUCUCGUUUUAAUAACAGCACUUCUAGUACAUACUUUUUCCACACGACAAGAGAUAAGCAAAGUAGGCGUCUAUCUGAACCAAACACACCUAUUAAACAGUAUUAUAAUAACUACUCUCAACAUUCUGAUUCUGUUAGGGAUUUUAAUAAUACUAAUCAUCGACCUUUAUUCAAUAAUUUGACUAACAAAAAAAUGUCCUUUCAAUACACAUCAUCAAAUUCUUUCCAACAAGAAGAAUAUAUCACAAGACGUUUAUCUAGAUCAGAAUUUAACAAACGAAGUAGUCGUGAUUGGAGAUCAAGCUGUCAACCUACAAUCAUCGUCUCACCUUCUUCAUCAAGACCUCAUUCAAUGGUGAGUAUGAUGAAUAAGCAUAGACUAUCAACAGGCUCUAUAGGCGUCUCUGACAAUGGAAAUCAACGUAAACCCUUAUUUGUAUCCCAUCUUCCAUUUUCUUCCGCUUUGCCAUAUUUAAAAUCAAAUCAGCUGGUAAGUGGUUUACUUCGUGUAAAUAAAAGAAAUCGGUCAGAUGCCUACGUCUUUUGUGAAGAAAUCAACUCUGAUAUUUAUAUUUGUGGUUCAAGAGAUCGUAAUCGUGCACUAGAUGGAGAUUUAGUAGCAGUUAAAUUGAUCGAUACAGAGCAAGUCAUGAUGGAAAAACAUGAAAAAGAAGAGGCAAAAGUAGCAAGAAACAAUGGAAAUCCUAUCAUAAGAACCCCUGAUGAAGAAGAUGAGAAGGAAAUCAUAUUUGGUGGUGAGGAAGAUGUGGACUUGGUUACACCAAGGUUUUGUGGUGUCAUCGUUGCUAUCUUGGAACGCACACAAAACCAAGUAUUUUCUGGAACAUUAGGGUUGACUCGUCCAAGUAAUAAACGGAUAAAAGGUGUAAACGAUGACUCGCAACAACAGCAUCGUGAUAGUUCUGUACCACGUAUCAUUUGGUUUAAGCCAACCGAUAAAAGAGUACCUUUGAUAGCUAUUCCCGUAGAACAAGCGCCUCCUGGUUUUAUUGAGAACAGUGAAUUAUUUGAAAAUAAACUCUUUUUAGGAUCAAUAAAAAGAUGGCCUAUCACUUCUUUACAUCCCUUUGGUGUUCUGGAGGGUGAGUUAGGGCACGUACAAGAUGUGACUGUACAAAUCAAAGCAAUUUUAGCAGAUAAUAACCUUGCUGCACAAGCAUAUUCGGAAUUGUUAUUAAAUCAGACAAUAAAUGUCAAGACCUUAGAUGAAAAGAUGAUUGAAGUAGAGAUUCAAAAUGGAUCACGUCGUGACAUGCGUCAAUAUAGAUGUAUCACAGUUAUGGAUGAAGAAGGAGAUUUCUUAGAGAAUGCGCUUUCUAUUCAUUCUAUGAAUGAUGGAAAAGAAUUUGAAAUAGGAUUACAUGUGUCUGAUAUUACUGCUUUUGUUGACUUUAAUUCGGCUUUGGAUAAAGAAGCACAAUAUAGAUAUGUAGAUGUGUAUCAUACAAUCUUAGAGAAGGUGCCCCUUUGGCCAAAAGAAUUGAAGGAAAAUACAAGCUUUAUUGAGAGCAAAGAUCGGGUUGCCUUUUCUGUCAUUUGGACUAUGAAUGAUAUGGGUGAUAUAAUGCAUACUUGGUAUGGUAAAACCGUUAUAAAUUCGGACAUAGUUUUAACAACUAAAGACUUGCAAAAUAUACUCAACAAUGAAGAUGAUAAAUAUAAAGAGUUAAAUGAAGAUGUCUUAACAUUGUACAAAAUUUCAAGGCAACUUAUUGAGCAUCGAGAAGCAUUGUAUAUUACAUUUCCUCAGAUUGACAUACAAUUCCAUGAAAAUCAUACCGUUAUUUUACCAAAAAGAUAUUUGGAUUCUCGUAUUAUUUUACAAGAAUUCCAAGUAUUAGCCAACACACUUGUUGCACAAAAGAUAGGUAGCCAUUUCCCUGAUCACGCAUUACUUCAAUCUCAAGCAAAGCCAAGUAAAAGAAAGAUACAAGAUUUAGAACAAUAUUUAAACAGUCUCGGUUAUGAAAUUCAAACAGAGAGUCCUAAAAGUUUACAAAAAUCAAUCAAUGCUAUUAAAGAUGAAGAUGCAAAAAAUGUAAUAACUAAUUUAGUUAUGAAAACUAUGAAUCAAAAAAAAUACUUUUGUACUGGUGCUUUUGACAUUAGCAAAUAUUAUCAUUAUUCAACAAAUACACCGCUAUAUACACAUUUUACUUCUCCUACCAAGUGUUAUGCUGAUGUUAUCGUUCAUCGUCAACUUGACGCUUGUCUGAAAAAUGAGACCUAUUUUUCUAUGGAAUCAGAAACUAUUCAAAAGAUAGCCUUUCGUUGCAAUGUAAAAAAUCGAGCUAUCAGCAAUGCCUGUGAGCAGAUUCAGCUUGUAUUUUUAUCUUAUUAUUUAACUAAUAAUACACGUAUUCCUACUAGUCGAAUUUUAGAUGCUAUUAUCGUUGACGUCCAAGAAGGCUCUUUUGAUGUUAUUCUCCCUGGUUUGUGUCUUGAAAGAAGAAUUCACACUAUUAAUCUGCCUUUAAGAUCUGAAUCAUAUAGCCCCUCAGAGAAUGUAUUACAUUUAAUUUGGAUUCAAGGAAAGGCGACUGUAAAUGCUAAUAUAGAAGGAGCAGCUAUAUCUAAUAUUGAAGAAGAAUUUAAUGAUCAACUAAUUGAUCAUUCUAGUGUAUCUGAGGGAAACUAUUUAUUGAAAGAGAAUAGUAUAGAAGACGAAACAGAAUCUAUUUCAAAACGAUUAUCUAAUAAAUCCUCUAAUACUACAUCCGUUUCCGAACACAAUGUAAAAAUAAAAACACAUAGAAAAUCAACAUCAAUUCGUGCUGUUAAGGGUGAAGAUGCCUGUUCAACUCAAAAAGAAUGUCUUUUUCCUAAUGAGUGUCGACAAUCAAUACGUCCCUUCGAUUUUAUUAAAGUUAUUGUUUCUGCAGAUCCUAUUCGUAGCCCUCCUCUGGUACGAGUCUUGGCUGCAAAUCCGUUUGUAACAAUGCAGAAAAAUUUAUAACAAUUCAUGUAUAACCAAUAAAUAUAUUUUAUAAAAUAAAAUAAAAGCAUGAAGACAAUUUAUGUUGAAUAUAAA